UCAUUUCUCAAAUCACAUUGUUCUUCUCUUCUUCCUACUCAAAUCACACUUCUCUUCUUCCUAUAUUGCUUGCAUAAAAUGGCUGGGAGAAUAGUCUUGUUCAUAUUUCUUGCAGCAUUUAUGUGGUUUAAUAUCCAAAAUACAUUGGUGAGUUGUGCCCUAACACCAAAGUUACUAAGGAAAAUUGCUAAAAUCAACCACGAGGGUCCUUAUUUGGGUUUAAUCAUACCAAAUGAUUUUGAACUUAACCCCCUUCUUAAAAAUCCAGGCUAUACUCCCAGUGACACCAACACCAUCAUAGAUUUUGCAGGAAGGAGAUUUCGUUUUGGAUCCAUUGGUGACAAACCUGUUAUACUGGUCAUGACCGGAUUGAGUGUGAUAAAUGCAGCUAUAACAACACAGCUUCUAUUAAGCUUUUUCGAUGUUGAUGGAGUGGUUCAUUAUGGCAUUGCUGGAAAUGCAAACCCAUCCUUACAUAUUGGAGAUGUUGCUAUUCCUCAUUAUUGGGCUCAUUUGGGACUUUGGAGCUGGCAGAGAUAUGGUCAAGGUGCUGAUGAUACGUUACCAUUAGAAAACAAUGGAGACUACACAAGAGACGUAGGGUUCUUAAAAUUUUCAGAUUUCACUUCAAACAUAAGUGCUGCUGACAGUGAUACAGUUGACAAUCAGCUCAACAAUCUUUGGUACCAACCCGAAGAGAUUUUUCCGGUUGAUGGAAUUCCAGAACAAAGACAACAUGCUCUUUGGGUCUCUGUUGAUUCCAACUACUACCGUAUUGCCAAAAAUCUUGAGAGCUUGAAGCUAGAUGCGUGCAUAGACUCAGACACAUGUUUGACAACAACACCAAAGGUUGUACUUGUAGACAGAGGAACAAGUGCAGGGUUCUAUCUAGACAAUGCAGCAUACAGAACCUUCAUCUACAACAAAUUUAAUGUGAGUCCAGUUGACAUGGAAAGUGCAUCAGUUGCACUUAUAUGUUUGCAACAAAGAAUUCCCUUCAUUGCUAUCAGAGCUCUCUCUGAUUUGGCUGGUGGCGGCACCGCGGAGAACGAAGCUGAUACAUUCUCUCCGCUAGCCGCCACUAACUCUGUUGCUGUGGUUAUUGAGUUUGUUAAGCUCUUGUCAACCCACCACUCCAAGUUGUGAACUAUUAUGUGAUCAUGUUUUCAAUAUUCUGUAAUUUGUGCAAUGAUGAUGCACACCUUGUAGACAACAACUUUGUCCUUGGUUUGGUUGUCCGGAAUUUGAUAAAGCAUAAAUAAAUCUAUUAAUUCAAAA